CCUUCCUUACUAAAUUUCGGGUAAAAAUAAUAAGAAAAGCAUGAAAAACUGUGGAGCUGUCUGAGAAUUUUGAGCUCAGUGUUUAGCUUUGUAUUUAUGGGCGGCUUUGGAAUAUAUGGCUACGGUUGCUCCUCCUCCUCCUCUUCCGCUAUCUCUUCCCUUUUCUUCUUCUUUUUCCUCUACUGUUAUAUCAAGUCUCCCACUUUUUCCCGCUAAACACAGACCUCGUCAACACCACCACCACAAUCACGUCUUCUACUCCAACUCUCCUACCCAAUCCUUGCUCUGUUACGAGUCUUUUGACCUUAAACGACAAACCCUUUUUAAUUCAGAGAUUUUGUAUGGCUGCUCUUCAUCCUCUUCUUCCCCACCGCCACAGCGCUCGGAGGAUUAUGAUGUUAAAGGUCUAUUCGAUUUGCUUCGACUUUCGGUUCGUUCCGGUGAUGUUGAGCUUGCCAAGGCGGUUCAUGCUUCCUUUCUCAAGUUUGAAGAAGAUAGUUAUCUGGGUAAUGCUCUCAUUUCGGCCUAUAUUAAAUUGGGUCUUGUUCCUGAGGCUUACAAGGUCUUUAUGGGCCUCUCUUGCCCCGAUGUAGUGUCGUACACUGCUUUGGUUUCUGGGUUUUCAAAGUCGGGUCGUGAAGAUGAAGCGGUGAAGCUCUUCUUUCGGAUGAGGAAUUCAGGUAUUGAGCCUAACGAGUAUGGUUUUGUGGCAAUUUUAACUGCUUGUAUUCGGGUUUUGAAUUUGGAAUUGGGAUUUCAAGUUCAUGCUUUGGCGGUUAAAAUGGGCUACUUGGAUUGUGUUUUUGUUUCAAAUGCAUUAAUGGGUUUGUAUGGUAAGUGUGGCUGUUUGGAUUUUGUACUCAACCUGUUUGAUAAAUUGCCCCACAGAGACCUCGCAACUUGGAAUACUACUAUAUCGAGCGCAGUGAAUGAGUCCAUGUAUGAUAAAGCAUUUGAGUUGUUUCGUGAGAUGCAAAGAAUUGAUAGCCUUGGAGUUGAUAAUUUCACUGUUUCUACCAUUUUGACUGCUUGUGCGGGUAGUAAUGCUUUGGCUCAAGGCCAAGAAGUUCAUUGCCGUGCAAUCAAGUGUGGAUUAGAAGACAUGUUAAGUGUUAGUAAUGCGCUUAUUGGGUUCUAUACCAAGUGCGGAAGUGUAAGAGAUGUGACACUUUUGUUUGAGAAAAUGCCAGUUACAGAUAUCAUAACAUGGACAGAAAUGAUCACAGCCUACAUGGAAUUUGGGUUGAUGGAUUUAGCUUUGGAGACAUUCAAGAAGAUGCCGGAGAGGAACUCUAUUUCUUACAAUGCUCUCUUGACAGGAUUUUGUAAAAAUGGUGAAGGGUUGAUGGCAUUGAAUUUGUUCAUGAGUAUAGUGAAGAACAGUUUAGAGUUGACAGAUUUCACGUUGACUAGUGUUGUUUAUGCUUGUGGGUUGCUUGGGGAUUCUAGAAUUAGUGAGCAGAUUCAUGGAUUCGUUGUUAAGUCUGGUUGUGGGUCAAAUGCUUGUAUUGAAUCAGCAUUGCUUGAUAUGUGUACAAGGUGUGAUAGGAUGUCAGAUGCCAGGAAGAUGGUUAAUAGGUGGCCAGUUGAUCGGGACAGUUCAAUUGUCUUGACAUCGCUGAUAUGUGGAUAUGCUCGAAAUGGACAACUGGAGGAAGCCAUUUCACUUUUCCAUUACAGUCAAUCAGAAGGAACAAUGGUUUUAGAUGAGGUUGCUUUGACUUCGGUCAUUGGUCUUUGUGGAAGGUUAGGAUUUGAUGAAAUGGGAAAGCAAGUACAUUGCCUUGCUCUUAAAUCUGGCCUUAUGUCUGAAUUAGAAGUAGGAAAUGCCACAGUUAGUAUGUAUGCCAAGUGCUGGAACAUGGAGGAUGCAAUCAAGGUAUUCGAAUCCAUGGCUAGACGCGAUGUUGUUUCAUGGAAUGGUCUGAUUGCUGGUCUUCUUCUACAUAGACAGGGUGACAGGGCCUUAGCUGUCUGGUCAGAGUUGGAGAAGACAAGAAUAAAGCCAGACAAUAUCACCUUUAAUUUAGUAAUUUCAGCUUAUAGACACACUAACUCCAACUUAGUUGAUAGUUGCCGUAGUUUGUUUUACUCUUUGAAAACACAUUAUGAUGUUGAGCCAACCUCAGAUCACAUUGCCUCCUUUGUUGGAGUUUUAGGUUACUGGGGUCUAUUGGAAGAAGCAGAGGAAAUAAUUAGUAAGCUACCAUUUGAGCCAGAUAUAUCAGUUUGGCGAGCCUUGCUUGACAGUAGCAGAAUCCAUUUGAACAGGAGAAUCGAAAAACGGGUCACUAAACAGAUACUUUCCAUGAAUCCUAAAGACCCUUCUACCUUCAUACUUGUUUCAAAUUUGUAUUCUGCAUCUGGGAGAUGGCAUUGCUCUGAAAUGGUUAGGGAGGAUAUGAGAGUAAAGGGAUUCAAAAAGCAGCCAGGACAGAGCUGGAUUGUUCAUAAGAACAAAAUCCAUUCAUUUUACGCGCGAGAUAAAUCUCAUCCCCAAGCAAAAGAUAUACACAGUGCACUAGAACUACUGAUCUUAGAAUGCUUGAAAGCUGGUUAUGAGCCUGACACAAGCUGUGUUCUUCAUGAAGUAGAAGAGCAUCAAAAGAAGAAUUUCUUGUUCCAUCACAGUGCGAAACUUGCAGCAACCUAUGGAAUCCUGACUACCAAGCCAGGAAAACCUGUUCGAAUUGUUAAGAAUAUAGUUCUAUGUGGAGACUGCCAUUCAUUUUUCAAAUAUGUAUCUAUUGUUAGUGGUAGGGACAUUUUUCUUAGGGACACUUCUGGUUUUCAUUGCUUUACAAGGGGGCAAUGUUCAUGCAAAGAUUACUGGUAGUAGAUAGUAAUUUUGUUUUUCAUUUCAGCUUUGUUGAUUAUUUGAGAAGUUACAAAAGAAACAACUGUAACAUUAUUUGUAUCUAAAUUAUAAUUUUCAAACAAGAAAUACAUGUUACUAGCUAAAUCUUACCA